UAUUUUAUUCUAUUUAUAUCAACGUUUUCAUUUAUAUAUAUAGUCAUAGCUACUUGGCCCCUUGUUGACUCAUAGUUACUCACCAUAGACCUCCUCUUUCUGGAUCUUUCUCUUUGUUUCAGUUGGUUCCUAUGGACACUAGCAGGGCUGAAGGGAAGAGAACCUUGCUGAGGUACAAAGAGGAGGAGGAGGACGACGACGAGGAGGAGACUGAGGAGGAAGAGGAAGAAGACACGGUGGGUUAUGGAGAAGAAUAUGGUGGUGGUGGGAGGAGGAAGAGGGCAAUGACAGAUCUCAUGAGCAGCAAGAGAGGCUUCAAAGGUGGAGGAGGCUCGUCAAUGGCACCGUCAUGUCAGGUGGACGGCUGUGACUCUGAUCUGAGCGAGGCAAAGCAGUAUCAUCGAAGACAUAAGGUUUGUGAGUUCCAUGCCAAGGCUCCUUCCGUACACAUUUCAGGCCAACAACAAAGGUUUUGCCAACAAUGCAGCAGGCUUAGAGGGAAAGAAGACCCUCUCUUUGUUCAAUUUCAUGAGCUUUCGGAGUUUGAUGACUCAAAACGAAGCUGUAGGAGACGGUUGGCGGGUCAUAAUGAGAGGCGUCGCAAAAAUGCAACUGAGUACCAUGGAGAAUGAAGUGUACUCUUUGGAGAAUGAAGUGUACUCUUUCACUGAAUGAGGCAAGCAUAUGAUGAUUAUAAUAAAAAUUGCCAUGAACCCUUCCUAAUUAAUCUAAUUAUUGAUUUUGAUCGGUGUCUCUCUGAAUUUUGGAAGCUCUCUAUCUUCUGUCAAAGAUUAUUGCCAGAGGUUAUUCUGGUCCAUGAUAACAUUUCGGUUUAUGAUAACAUUUUGAAAUAAGGAUUUGAAGUUCUUUGA